AUGGCGGACCAGACGGACUCGGACACGACACCGCAGAGAAAGCGCAUUGCCGUGGCUUGCGGCCGCUGUCGCAAGCGUAAGAUCCGAUGCAGUGGCGACCCCGGCCACGGCCAGCCGUGCUCCAACUGCAAGAACGCAGGCGUGGACCAAUGCCAGUUCCUUCGGGUAUCCUCCCGAGAAGCCCACUUGCGCGACGGAGCCAGCGAUUUCGGCUACAGCGUCGGGGACGCCAGGGUCUACGCGAGUCGGACGCCGGUGGGGGGGGGUAUGCCAUACAACCAAGACCUGCCUCCGACGCUGGGUUCCAGCGACGUUUUGGGCUCGUACCGGGGCGCCGGGUCAGCGUACGCCUUUACGCCAACAGCAGCAGCUACAACAGCCAGGGCCUACUACCCGGCCAUGCACGCCUACGGCACCCCCUACGCCGACGACUUCGAGCUCGGACUCGGCGUCUCAUCUCCGUCAGUCAUGAGUCACGACCAAACGGGCAUGCUGCCGGGGCAGUGGAGCUCAGGGGCAGCGGCAGCACGGCAGACGAGGACGCCCACCUUCAGCAGCAUGUACAUGGAUCCUUCUACCCCGGACGGCGGGGCGUACGGCGGUUACGGCGGCACACCAGGGGGGCUCCUCCACCGGACAAGCGCCGACUCGCCCAACUUCUCCUUCUCCGCCGUGGCCGCGUCCCUCCCGCUCUCCAGCACUCCCGGUCCAGACCGUGUGCUCCCCAACCCGACCGGCCAAUCCUCCUCCACCCUGCCAUACCCGGGAAUGAAGCCGCCAACACCCGCUGCUUCCUCGGCUUCCGCGGUAGCCGCAGCAGCGAGCACGCUAGCCGACGUCGCCACUGCAGCAGCGAGCUACGCAGGCGGAUUUGAAACCACCGCCACCGCUGCAGCAGCGUAUGCUGCCUCCUCCGCUUCGUCCUCGUCCUCUUCUUCGGCCACCGCCAGCGGGAGCAGCAUGUCCGGGACCUCGCCCUCAGUCGCGUCCCGCUCGAACUCGGACAGCUACUCCGACUUCACCAUAACAACCGGCGAGUCGCACGACCGGGGUCACCAGUCAUCCGCGUACGAGUACACGUCUCCACGACGUGGUUCGAGCAGCCAGGUUUAUGGUGAGAGUGCACAUGAAGUGGGGUACGAUCAUCAUCACCAUCACCAGCAUCAUGGACACGGUGGGCAUCCCCAUCAGCAUCAGCAUCCUCAUCAGAGUGGCUUCUCGUACAUGAGCGAUCCGGCCGCUGCCCAUCCUCAUGCCCACGGCCAAGUCGAUGACCGGCAUGUGGUUGCGCAGGCCGCCGUCAAUGCUGUGGCCGGCCGUCACUGAUCGGCUGCAAUACUAUGGCACUGGAAACAAGGUUGGGGGCCGGAAGUGGCUGAUUCGCUGGCUGGCUAGAUGAUGGUUCAGAGGCAGGUCUGGCCUGAAUAUGG